AUGUUUGAUGACCGCGUCAGUCCGCCUUGCCAAUCUAGGUUUAUACAUCCAGACGAGGCGGCCCACCACUCCGGCAGGCGCUGGCCAGAAGAGCUCGACUACGGCGACACAACCAACGAGUCACCAUCUUCCUCUCACCGUAUGUUGGCCCAGCUGAUCGUGUCUCCCGCCAUUCCUACAGGUCGCCGCCUGGGGGAGACGGGUGACCACGCCAUCCCGAAGAGUGAGCACGACGCCUUCGUCCCCUCCAUGACGAGCGACUCGCCUGCGUCUUUCGCCCCCGUGCUACCGAUCCCGGAAACCGUCUCCAGUCCGCCAUACAGCCCACAUCUAACAGACGUCCCCACGCCGUCUCCUCACGUCUCACCUUCUCACACUCCAUCUCCUCCCCCCCCAUCAACUCCCACCCCUGCUCCCUCCACCCCUACUCUUCCCGCUCCUUCUCUUCAUCCUCCCAGCCCUUCUACCUCUAACAUCGCCGUCGCCUCCGGAUGUGAGGGUACUCACGUCCUCUGCACUACCACCGCUCCCCAUACGGCACAGACCGACAUGAUGGCGGAAGGCAUCAGCCCGCCCUCCAACGCCUCCACCUGUGCACGUUGGAGUCUAAUCCCCACUCCACUCCACGGCGGCUCACUUUCAUCUGUCCAAGCUCCUGGCAACACAGCCGACCCAAUUGUGAUCAGCGACAACGAGCACACAUAUACGUCGUCUAGUUCCGUGGAGGUACCCUUGUCCGGUAUCAGCGUCCAACCACCAGCCACCACGACCAACCUCAGGCCCCAGUGGGUGGCCGAGCAGGGCAGCAGUCUUCCUGUUCCCGGAGGGAGAGGGUGGUGGAAGGUCGGGAGCACUUCCGGAAGCACCUCGAGUCCAGCUUCAGACGACUCGCUCUCCUCGCAGCAGCGGGAAGAUCCCCCAACUUCCGGGUUGGUCGUCAUGAAGUCACCUGUUCCCUCUACGAUAUUUGCAGUUGAAUCCGAGGUCGACGAACUAGAUGCCCAGCCCUCUAACCAAGGACGCAAACGUGGCCGCCUUAAGAAGCUCACAGUCGUCGUCAGCCCACCAAGGAUAUCCGCUGUCGCCCAGCAGUCUGCGAUCGUGGCCACGCCAAUGCAUGCCCUCCCGGAGUACCUUCAACAUAUGGUUGCAUCACGUACACCGCAUACUCCGGUAUUUUACGAUCCGGGGUCUUCUACGCCGCGCACUUCUGCGCUCCCGGAGUCCUCCGCAAUAGAAGAGGUGCCGAAACGCAAGCCCGGGCGGCCGAGGAAGCAGCAGAGCGCCGUGCCUAAGCCAAAGCCCGCCCCGAAGACUCAAAAGGCCGCAAAGGCCCCGAAGGCCAAGGCCCCGAAGGCCAAGGCCCCGAUUAAAGGCAAAGGUAAAGGGAAGGCGUGUGUCGAGGACGACGUAGAAGAGGAGCCACUCAUGCCCGAUACACCCCUUUCAGAUCUUCCCCAAGGCCCACUGAGUCCGCGCGAGCGCCGGAAGUUUACAGCCCGCGUGGCGAGCAUGACGCUGCAACCGUCCACGCUCGAGCCAGGGUCGCGCGAGGCAGCCGAGGAGGCUGAUGAGUCGCUGUCGCCAAUGUCUCUCGCGAGGGGUGUACAGUGUGAGCGGGAGGACGACCAGAGCGCCUUCGAACUCCACAAAACGCCCGAUGUCGCCGAGCCCGACGCUGAGCGCGAGGCCCAUCGGACAGACGAAGCGCCAUGCAGCCCGAGCCCGCCCGCCCAGCCCUCUAGUGGAGUCAAUCCGCCCCCGAGCUUAAAUCGGCCGGAGAACGCAACGGUCCCGGCUCGGCAGGGGUGGGCGUCCGGCCCAACCGCGCGACGCGACCAGCAGAACCAGUCCAAUCCGCUUUUCGAGCACGACGCUCGUAUGAACUCGUGCUCUGUCACCCAUCCGCGCGAAUCGCUGGCCGACCUAAAUCAAGCCAGCGCUCAGCUAGCACACCACGGUGACUUCCACGCCCAAAUCCAGCGUCGGCUGUCCCAAGAUCAGAACCAGCAGGUGCGACAACAUAACAAGCAGGCCCUGCAACAGCAGCCGCGGGCUCUGCAUCAAAACCCACCAGCGCUCCUCCAGCGCGCCCCACACGGCUACAGUGGCCAGAGUGGUCCUGCUGCGCAGCACUACCAGCUCGCCUCAACUCCAGUUGCUACCAGCAGCUCCUUUCCAAACAGGCCUGCCACUGCCACCGUUUGCGACCCCAGCCCCACAAAUGCCACGGGCAGCUCCGGUCCAGCUGAUGCGCUAGCACGGGGCUCUGUGAACGCAUCUUUGGACGAGGAAUACACCUCCGGCAACUUCUUUCUGAUGACAAGCGACCAGGUCAUCUUUCGCCUCGACUCGUCUCACGUCGCCCACGCCUCGCGCGAGCUGUACACGAGCGGCGUUUCCAAGCACAACCUCUCGCAGGCAGUGCACCUGCGACGCCCAUUCGAGAACUCGACCAUGCUCCGAGCAUUCCUAUCCCUCCUGCUAAACUCAGACAUGAGGAUAGAGGAGGACGAGGACGCGGCCACCUCGAUGCUUCGUGACCUCUUCGCCUUCAUGCGUGCGUGGAACAUCAACAAGGCCAAGCUAGCCAUCAUGGUACUGCACUCGAAAUUUGAGGCGAUGUCCCUGCGCACCGCCUUUGCCAUCGCCUCGACCAUCCAGGAUGACAAGCUCUUUGAGCGCAUUUUGCUACGUUUCGCCCGCGUUACUCCCCUUACGGCGACAGAGGGGGAGGCGAUCCACCGCUCCGACGCGCCGGAGAACGGGUCCGUGAUGGACCCCAGUAACUGGGAUUAUCGGCGUUACCGGGCCACGCCGCAGCAAUACCAAUUCGCGUUGCAUCGUGCGUGGCACGAGUGGAGCGAAGGGCCGACGGGCAAAAUGGAGGACGUGUUGCUUGAGGUAUUCCGCGCUGCACUCACCGACGCGCGCGCAGCAGUGGAAGGGGAGGGGCGGCGGCGCAAGGCCGAAGACGAGCGCGUUGUCGGGCCGCUUCUGAGCCAUGAGGAGACAAUCCUACUGCUUUCAAGUGACAAGGUCCCGUUCCGCAUCCCGACGCACCAACUAGCGUCGGCGAGCCCCACCUUCCUCUCCGCCUCCUCUUUCACGCGCACCGGCCAGCGCCAGCUCCGCCUCUCAAGCGCGUUCGAAACCGCCGCCAUCCUCACCCCCUUCUCCGAGCUCCUCCUCGACGCGGGCCUCCCCACCCCUCGCCUCCUCAAGCUUAACGUAGCGACCGCGACCGGCCUCAUCCGCCUCCUCGAGAAAUGGGAAUGCGCCGCCCUCCUCCGCCUCGCCCUCGCCUGCAUCCACCACGGCUACACGACGGGCGCCGUCAAGUCCUGGGUCGUGUUCAUGGCCGCCUGUGUGGCCCAGGACGUUGACAUCGUUGCGGCCAUGCUCAACAACCACAACCACGGCGGAUGGAAGCGCGAGGGGCUCAGCCGCGCCGCGGAUGACCUCACCCUCGACAUCGAUGUGCGCGGGUAUCCGUACGAGUGGUGGGCGAUGAUCGCGCCCCGCUGGCAGUGGGCUAUCAGCAAGGCGAUGACGUACGGCGACAAGUAUCCGCAAAGCGUGAGGGGACGGGGGGAGGUGUUUCGCGAGCUGCUCAAGCCGGCUGCGGUGUGA